GGCCGUCGCUGCUGCCCGGUUACGUCGCACGGCGCGCCCCGGAGAGGCCCCCCUACUCCAGCGGGAAAAAGACGCCCGGAGAAAACCCGAGAUUCGCAAAAUACGUCACCUGCUCUCGGCAUGCCUGGUGCUUCCCGGCACAGCUCACAGACCGUUCGGGCCCCGCAGCGUUGUUGGAAUGGCAGCGGCCAGGCCUUGAGGUGGAACCUGAAAGGGAUUUGUACAACUCAGAUGUGAAAUAAAUGGAACAGUAAGUCUCCGUAGCCAGGGAAAAAUCUCGUGUGUCUUCUUCCCGGAGCAGUAUAAAGGGCAUCCAGCUAUAGAAAACCUGGCUUAGGUACAGCCCAGCGGAAGAAAAGUGGCUUGAAAUCUGAACUUACAGAAGAGCAAAAGCAGGAGAUCAGAGAGGCUUUUGAUUUGUUUGACACUGAUGGAUCUGGAAGCAUCGACAUAAAAGAACUGAAGGUUGCAAUGCGUGCCUUGGGCUUUGAGCCAAAGAAGGAAGAGAUUAAGAAGAUGAUAGCAGACAUUGACAAAGAAGGAAGUGGCACCAUCAAUUUUGAAGACUUUUUGGCUAUGAUGACACAAAAAAUGAGCGAAAAGGACUCCAAAGAAGAAAUCCUGAAAGCUUUCAGAUUAUUUGAUGAUGAUGGCACAGGAAAAAUUUCAUUCAAAAACUUGAAGAGGGUUGCCAAGGAGCUGGGAGAAAAUUUAACAGAUGAAGAACUUCAGGAAAUGAUUGAUGAAGCUGAUCGAGAUGGCGAUGGGGAAGUAAGUGAGCAAGAAUUUUUGAGAAUCAUGAAGAAAACUAGCUUAUACUAAUAUUUGUUGCCUUGCUGUACAGCUGGUCCAAAAGAUAACCUGGCUUAAAAACUGGGCUUGUGCCUUCUGCCAUGUGAACAAAGUCUGAAGGGACAGAUUUUUUUGUUUAUCUCCCUUUUUCAACAAAGAUAAUUGGGGAAGGAGGGCUGCAGUACCCAAAACGGCCAAAAUGAGAUACUGCAGAAGUCAAAAGGAAGGAUGAACUGAGCCUGCAAAGCAGGGUCCCUUCCCCUCCACCAUAACAACUUCCCUGAUUGCCAUUUUGGAUAAAAACCUCUGUGUUUUACUGUUUAACUAAAAGAUACUUCACCUGAGAUGUGAAGAUUCCCACUGCUGCUGGGAAAAGGCUACUUUGCCUUUCCUAAGGCUACUGAUUGAAGGGACAAGCACAGUAUUUUUUAUUCCUUUGAAGGUUUUUUAGGUUAUCUUUCGAUACUUGUCUCCUGUUGUUUAUUUCCAUGAAAGACAAAUUAAUUGCAUAUUUGUCUGUAUUUCUGUAUGAAACAAUGUUUUCAUAUGGCAAGUUGUUUUUGGAAUUAAUGGAAAGCAAAUGUAGAUUUGGUUCUUCCUGUGGAGCUGUGUGCCAUCCAUAGAUGUUCUUGUGUUUAUCUGAGCACCUGAAACCAGAAUGAAACUUGAAUGUAACCUGCUUGGGUGACCAAAGUUUAUUGUUUAUAACCAGGCAACACCUUGUGCCAUUUUUCUUACUCCCCAGACAUUACAGAGCUGCUGUUACUCAAAAAAAAAGUUCAGUUCCAUUGUGCACUAGGGUUAAUUUUGUCUUGUUGACAGUUACAUUGCAGAGAGGAUUUGCAUCUGAACUGGAAAAGUAGCUGACCAUGUACAUCUGUGGAACACUGAAUAUAUUUAGAUCCAUGCAGUUCAAAUCCAUUUCGCACAUCACAGAUUUUGGGGUGGUUUUUUUAGGGGUACCUUCAUUUUCUUUAGCAUUUCUUGCAUCUACUGUCAAUCCAGGACUCAUUGGAGAGCCACAUUUACUUCUGAAUUAUAGAGCAGUGACAUACAGCCUGCUAUCUGAUUAUGUGGCUCUGCGGGAGGGUUUAUCCUUUACAGACAAUCAGCUUCAAAACUUUUAAAUCCUGUAAAGCUACAGAGGCCCGAGAAUUCCCCUGUUAACAUGAUGGCUGUAGAUGUAAUCUAUAGUACUGUAAGUGUUUUAAAAUGUCUUAACUUUGUAUAAGUGUGAAAUAAAAAUGUUUUGCAAAUU